AUGUCGCCAUCGGGAAGUAAAUAAUAAUGGCAUCCAAAAAGAAGGAGAAAGUUAAAGCACGAGUACAAACACGUGGUGAAUGGAAAUCAGUGAAAUUAGAUCAUUGGGAUGACAAUGAAGAGUUUGGAGAUUUAGCUGGACUUGAAGUACUCGAAGACUAUGAUAUUUUCACUACGAGUAAAAAGAAAAAAACACUUAAGAAGAAAACAAGGACAUCAAAAAGUGACCACAAUGCAUUGGCAGUUCCAGAUAUAAUUGAUGAAGGGGACACUAAUAAUGAAAGAGUGAAAAAGAGAAAGAAGAGCAAAAAGAAGAAAUUGUCAAAUUCUGAUAGUAAUGACUGCAGCAGUCCAGAUGUUGUGGAAAGACUAUUAACAAAAAGUAAACUGAAAAAUAAAAAAAAUAUAAGUAGAUCGAGUACAGAAGAGAUAACUACAAGCAAGCCUGAAACACAAAACAUAAAGGCCAAGCAUCUGACCAAAAACCUAAAAGACAAUGCAGUAGACCCAUCCGUCAAAAGAAAAGCUAAGCAAAUAACCAAGGCAAAGCCUGAAAAAAAGAAGGCCAAAGAGAGUCAGAUCGGAAUGACAAGAAAUAGUUCUAAGGAUAAUCAAGAAUGUGACAUGGCGUCAUGGAAGGAUCUGUUCGUUCCUGCACCUGUGCUUGAAGCUCUCAGAGAACAGGGUUUUUCAUCCCCAACCCACAUACAAGCUCUCGCUCUACCAUCUGCCAUCCGUGAUAGAAUGGAUAUUGUCGGCGCUGCUGAAACGGGAAGUGGGAAAACCUUGGCAUUUGGAAUACCGAUCAUACAACGCAUUUUAAGUCAAAAUUCCACACGUCUAAACAGUCGGAAUAAGUUCACAGGCAAUGACACUACUAGUGGCAAAGCUGAUUCACAAAAGAUGGCAGCACUGCCUAAUGAAGCGGAAGAUCAACAAAGUGUUUUGCAGGAAGAUAGUGGGAAUGAAUCUGAAGAAAUGGAGGACUUGCCUGCACUGGAGGUUGAUGGACUAGGUUGUGUUGGAUUUACCAAGGACAUUGACUGUGAGGUAGAGCCUCGAGGAAAGCCGAUCCCGAUACCCGACGUGACAGGGCUGGAUGCCAUGCUGCAGCAGCCAAAGGCACCAUCGAGGCAUUCUCCCAGGAAGAUGCAGGCGCUUAUUCUGACGCCCACCAGGGAACUAGCCGUACAAGUGAAGAACCACCUGACCAUUGCUGCACGGCAUACGGACAUCAAAGUGGCUGCUGUUAUAGGCGGCAUCUCACUGGAAAAGCAAGCUCGCUUGCUUCGUCAGGAGCCCGAGAUAGUUGUUGCGACACCAGGAAGGCUGUGGGAAUUACACCGACAGGGAACUGCUUACCUGAGUACAAUGAAGGACAUCCAAUUCCUUGUCGUGGAUGAAGCUGACAGGAUGAUUGAGAAGGGCCAUUUUGCAGAACUGGCCAGCAUCUUAGAGUUGAUAAAUGAAAACGAAGAGGCAAAGAAACAACGGCAGACCUUUGUGUUCUCGGCAACACUGACCUUGAUUCACCUUGGCCCCAACAGAGUUAUGAAGAAGAAAAAGAAGCCAUUGACAGAUGUCACCCAGAAGCUGGAGCAUCUGGUCAGGCAGAUCGGGAUCAAGGAGAAACACAAGGUGAUAGAUCUAAGCACGAAGACAGGGACUGCUGAGCGCAUCCAUGAAACACGCAUAAACUGCAGCUUGGCGGAGAAGGACAUGUACAUGUACUACUUCCUGCUGAAGUAUCCUGGCCGCACGCUGGUUUUUGCAAACAGCAUCUCGUGCAUACGACGUCUCGCACCCAUCUUCACCCUACUGCAGCGCAGCGUCAAGGCAUUGCAUGGGUCCAUGCAGCAGCGACAGAGGCUCAAGAACCUUGAGGCGUUUCAGAAGGAUGAAAACGGGUUGCUAAUGGCAACGGACGUAGCCGCCCGCGGACUGGACAUUCCAAAUGUCAAGCACGUCAUUCAUUACCAAGUGGCAAAAACAUCUGAGAGCUACAUCCACCGAAGUGGUCGUACAGCUAGGGCAGCACAGGAGGGCGUCAGCGUGACGUUGAUCUGUCCGGAUGAGGUGCAGUAUUACAGACGUCUCUGCAGGACACUGAAUAGAGUCGAGGACCUGCCGGCAUUUCCCAUCGACAGGCAGUACCUUCCAGCGAUCAAGGAGCGCCUACAGAUGGCGUUGGAGCUCGACAAGCUUGAGCAUGGGCUCAGAAAGGAGACCAGCCGCGUCGAGUGGUUCCAGAAAGCCGCUGAGGAGAUGGACAUCGAUCUAGACGAAGAUCUCAUACGACAUGGCAGCGACUAUGGGCAAGAAGCGCGCGUUCGCAAGCAAAUCAAGGCGGCGCAUCGUCAGCUGGCUGCGAUGCUUCGUACGCCAGUGUUCCCGCGCCAGUACUCGAUGGCGUAUCCCACGAUGGCGGGGAGCCUGCAGCUGCCACGGCUCACUGGCACAUCUGCACUAUCGGUGGUCAAGGAGGAGAGAGAGAAGCACAUCGAACUGAAGCGCAAUCUAAAGGCGAGCAGUGACAAGAGGAAACGCAAGUUCAAGAACUUCACAAAGCGCAAGAAGCAGAAGAAGGAUGCACUGAAUAGUGGAGCAGAACCAGGCGAGGAUGGAAUUAACUGAGGAGCGAUGGGUUAAGCAAUGACGUGCUUGCUUUGGCUAGGAGGAACGUAAUGGAACCAACUGUGGGUGUGCUUGGGCCUUGGCUGUGGAGGAAUAUCAUGAAAACAUUUAGCGGACACACUCGGUGAACUCGCUUGGCAUAUUAGGAAUGUGUGAUAGCAAUGCACUAUGUUUGGUUUUAUACAAUUCCUACGUAUAUGCCUUUACCGAAAUUGAGAUUUAUUCGCUCAUCAACUAUAGUGUAUAACUUAGCAGUACAUGUGUAGAGGAUUACUUUGGUUUAUAUUGGUUGCAGCAAAUGUUACAUAUUACGUUUACAAAUUCCUAGGGUGACAUACAUUUUAUCAUUCUGAUUUUAUUAAGGCUCAUUAUUGUACUGUUACUGUUUUGCCUAAAAGAAUUUUCUAACAUCUAAUUGAUGAUAGAAAUAUUUUUUAACAUCUCUAUAGAUAUGUAAUCAUUAUAAUCAGUAUAAUUAACUAUAACAUCAUAUUUGUUAUCAUUUAUUUUAUUUACAAAUAUUUGUAUAACCAGCUAGUAUCUAAGACAAAACUGAUACAUAAAUAUUGUAAUUUCCAAUUAUACAUAAUUGUGCGGUGAUUGCCAAUGAAUGUCAUGUUUACAUGUAAUUAAAGUUCUGUGAAUCAAACGAAGCCUCCUCUGAAGUUACAAAAAGGCUUCACUACUUCAAAAUGGAACUUUAAAAACAAUUAAAAUUGUACAUAUGCCAAAAAACUAAAAUUGAAUAGAUUCAAAAGAGAAUAUAAAAUGUUUGAUUUUUAGCUUCACACUGAGAAUUAGGGUGUCUUAUAAAUACCAGCAGGCUAUUUUUAGUCCAACAUCACACACCAAUGACGAAUAUGGAAUAAAGCCUACCCUAUAUCAAGGA